CUGCCCAAACACACCAAACACGGUAGCACCGCUCCGCUCUCAGAUUCAGAGAUACAGUCAGGUCGGUGAUGGCGGCGAAAAGGAGCCCACAGCGAACACUUGAGUCCACUUACUGACGCGUUUACAGUGUCUUACAGAGUCGCACGCUUCGGUUUUUGUGGUAUUUUAAUACUGUUAUUUUUCAACGUUAAUUUUAGUAACAGCGACAUCAGGACUCCAGACAUCGGACAAUCCAGAGCUAGCUGUGCUCUAGUUAGCUAAGCUAGCAACCAACAGACAUGGCAGUUUGUGAUCCACAGAACUCUUGUCAGUGCCCUCCAACAGCAUUAAGCUGUUUGAUCUGAGGAAUAUGAUCUUACAGUCAAUGCAAACAGCAGUGUGAGACAGGAAAAGGAGAAGAGAGGAGAGCAUGGCUCCUGUGCUUCGUUUUCUUUUUCUUUUCUGUGGCCUGAUGCCUUUGGUGUUAUGUGUGCCUCCUGUUGGGUCUCAGCCUGAGCAGGUGCACAUAUCUUAUCCAGGUGUAAAAGGUUCAAUGGUGAUCACCUGGACAACGAUCAACAAGACAGACAGCAUGGUGGAGUACAAUCUAUGGGGCGGAAAGCUCUUUACUCAGACUGCUAAGGGAAACUCCGCUGUGUUUGUUGAUGAGGGGUCAGAGAAAAGGAAAAUGUACAUUCACAGAGUGACCCUGUCAGACCUGAGACCCGGGGAUACAUAUGUUUAUCACUGUGGUAGUGAGGCUGGCUGGAGUGAUCUUUUCUUCUUUACUGCUCUAAAUGAGAGCACAAGUUUUAGCCCAAGAUUUGCUUUGUUUGGUGAUAUGGGCAACGAGAACCCCCAGUCACUUGCCCGACUGCAGAAAGAGACCCAGGCUGGGAUGUAUGACGUUAUCCUGCACAUUGGGGACUUUGCCUACGAUAUGCAUGAGGACAAUGGCAGAAUUGGGGAUGAGUUCAUGAAACAGAUUGAAUCCAUUGCUGCCUAUGUGCCUUAUAUGACCUGCCCUGGUAAUCAUGAGUGGGCCUACAACUUCUCACACUACAGGAACCGCUUCAGCAUGCCAGGACAGACAGAGAGUCUGUGGUACAGCUGGAACAUAGGGUCAGCACACAUCAUCUCCUUCUCUACUGAGGUCUACUUCUACCUUAAGUAUGGCUUGGAUCUCCUCUUCAAACAGUACGAGUGGCUAAAGAGUGACCUGGAGGAAGCGAACAAACCAGAGAACAGAGCAGUACGACCCUGGAUCAUCACCAUGGCACACAGACCCAUGUACUGUUCUGAUGAUGAUGAUGAUGACUGCACAAAGUUUGAGAGUUAUGUACGACUUGGCCGCAAUGACACAAAACCACCAGCGCCAGGCCUGGAGUACCUGUUCUAUCAGCACGGUGUAGAUCUGGAGCUUUGGGCACAUGAGCAUACAUAUGAAAGGCUUUGGCCUGUAUAUGGUUACAAGGUGUAUAAUGGGAGUACUGAUGAGCCAUAUGUGAACCCCAAAGCACCUGUGCAUAUAAUCACUGGCUCAGCUGGGUGUCGAGAAAAGCAUGAUGGCUUUAUCCCCAAGCCUCGGGACUGGAGUGCCUUCAGAUCCACUGAUUAUGGCUACACACGUAUGCACCUGAUCAACUCCACACACAUCUACCUGGAGCAGGUGUCAGAUGAUCAGUCUGGCAAAGUAAUAGACAGCUUCACGUUGGUAAAGGAGGUUCAUGGGCCAGAGGCUUGGCUUUGAAGACUCCAUGGUUCCGGGAACGUCAUCGCAACCGUCCAAACACACUUUUUCUCAGGGUAUUGCACUUUCAAAGCUCAUCGCGAGUGAGCUGCACCUUAACCUUUAUCAUACGAACAAGCGAAUACUUUGUGUUUUAUGAAAAUCAGUUAGAACCUGCUGAAUGCUUUGAAGAGCUCGCAUGACUAUGCAUGGUGAAGUUCUGAAGUCAAGAUGGCCUUCAGAUUUGGAAUCAUAUCAGAUUUACGGUGUGUUAGGGUUUUGGCUUUCUGUCAUUCCAGCACCAGUCACUCGACUUUGCUCUCAAACGUUAUUUUUGUCAUAUUUGUUGUAGCAGAGCAGCAGUUUGUCAGAAUUAAGCGUGUACUGUGGUGUGUGGUACAGUUAUGGUCUGUAGUCACUAAGCUAACAUUACGUUAGCAUGUCUGGCUACAGAUCCAAACAGUUUUAAUUUUGCCUUUCUGUGCCUUCAACGCCAGUUGCUCGACAGCUGUUCGACUUUACUCCCUCAGAUUUGAACCAUUAUCGUCUGAACUUGUGUCCGUGCUUUAGUUCAAACAUGUUCUUUGGUGAGCAAAGAUGGUAUCAUGCUAACUAAGCUAAUGCUAAUCAGUUCCUCUCUCCUAGUUAGCAGCAGUAUUUAACAUUUAUCAAUUGUUAGAUGGUUUGAAAUUUAUUGAAUAAUUAUUGGCAAAAAUAAUUUUCACUUAUUUGGGACCUUGUGAGCGAAGUAAACUUUUUGAUUUUCAGUUGUGAAAUAAUGCAGGAUGAGACGUCACAAAACCUUUAAACCUCUUGCACUGCUUUUACUGCCUCCCACCUCCAUCCCUGGUAAUACCGUGUACUGCCCUCCACCCCCAGUAAUACCUUAUACCACAAUAAUGUAUGUGUACUUUUCGUUGAAAAUGGGCACUUCCUAAAACGCAAGAGCCUUCAGCAGGAUCAGGAAAUUGUUUGUUGUAAGUAAAAAAUGUAAAUCAGUCAUACAAAGGGAUAAUAAAAUAUAAAUCCCUUUUAAACAAUAGUAACCUGAGCUUCUCUUUUUGCCUUUUUAUGUAUUUUUAUUUUUUUAUUAUUAUAACUUUAAUGUAUACCUUUAAUUGUAAAUGGUUAUAAUCAACAGGGAAACUAUGUACUGUAUGAUCUCUGAAACUCUUCAGAUCUUUUGAACAUGCUGCUUUUAACUUUUAACUUUCACCUAUUGAAGUGCAAUAAAUCCUCCUUUUUCAGUGUCUUGCAAA